UCGUCGCUACUGCUGUGCGCCGCUUAGUCCGUUGCUGCCGUCACAAACGUUGCUGAAGUAGAGCUUGACCAGAGCCCCUUCUACCCUCUAUCCUACUACCAUGAAGCUCGCCGUGAUCGCCGUUGCGCUGUCCGCGCUCAGCCCUUCGGACGCCUUCGUCCCCUCGUCUGCCUUCAACGGAGCCAGAAUGGCCGGCCCGGCCGCCACCACGCGCGCAUCGACGUCGGCGGUGGAGAUGUCGGCUGCGUCGGACAGCUUCAAGAAGGCGGCGACCGGAGCGCUGGCGAUCUUCGCGGGGCUCUCGCUGUUCACCGCGCCCCCCUCCGAGGCGAUCACGAGAGACACGCUCGACGCGCUUUCGUACACCCAGGUGAAGGGAACGGGUCUCGCCAACCGAUGCCCAGACGUUGUGGGGGAGGACACCAUCAGCGUGAGCGGGGGGGCGAAGAUCGUUGACAUGUGCAUCGAGCCCAAGAACUUCCAGGUUUUGUCCAAGGUGGCACGGGGGGGUAACAUGGUGCCGGCGAUGAUCGACACCAAGCUCAUGACGCGUGAGACAUACACCCUCUACGGCAUCGAGGGAGACUUCGGCAACAAGGACGGCAAGCUCACCUUCACCGAGAAGGAUGGCAUCGACUACGCCGCCACCACCAUCCAGUCGAACUACGAGCGCAUCCCCUUCCUCUUCACCGUGAAGGACCUCGUGGCGAAGGCCUCCGCGGGAGGUAACCAGGUCAAGCCCGGCUUCCAGAUGGGCGGCGGCUUCCGCACUCCCUCCUACCGGACUGGCCUCUUCCUCGACCCCAAGGGCCGCGGCGGAUCCACGGGAUACGACAUGGCCGUCGCGCUGCCCGGACUCCAGUCCGGCGUUGAGGGAGACGCGGAGAUGUUCAAGGAGAACAACAAGGUGUUCGAUGUGACGGACGGAAACAUCGAGUUCGAGGUUAACACCGUGGACAAGGAGGCGGGAGAGAUCGGAGGUGUGUUCGUGUCGAAGCAAAAGGGCGACACCGACAUGGGCUCCAAGGUGCCCAAGGACAUCCUCGUCAAGGGUAUCUUCUACGCUCGCAUCCAGUAGAAACCCGUUUAAUCGUUUCACGUUGUUGGGGUCAACUCCGUUUCAACACAGCAGCACCGUCGCGCUACCGUAGGCGUUAGAGUCUUGCGUGAAGGGGGAGGGUGGAGAGUUUCGAUUGGAUUGGAUUGUUUCAACGACGACUCCGGCCAGGAGAAGAAAUCGGUCGCUCGUGCAACGCGGGCCGGUGGGGCUUGUAGGGUUUUGGCAUGACGUGCCUGGCCCCUCCACCCCCCACUCCGCUCUUCUGCCAGCGUAGCAUGUCCUCGGUGUGCGUGAGACGUUUUUAUAGCACAUCACAUCGCCUUUCAUCGUUCGGUGAGGGCGGUGUGGGGCGGAGCAGAAGACUCGCUUGCAGGGGUUGGAUUUGAAUUAGGGUGUUAUUUUGGUCGUUUUUGCGUCUUUUUUUGGUGUGAAUUUUAGAGAAGGAGACUCGACUAGCCUAGCCAGUUCCGUUGAACGCUCCGCUCCCUGUGCUCGCAGUUUUGUAUUCUGUGAAGGGCCUGUUACGGGCGAAAGGAGGUAGGGGGGGGAAUGUUGAAGCCGGGACUCCUGUGUUUGGCCUGUUGCAUGUUGAAUGUGACGGCCUCACGGUGCAGUUGUUCCUGGGGGUUCUCGUGCAACGUUUCGUGUUUCCCUUUUCUUUUGUAUCCGCUCCGCCGGUUUGCUGGUCAGUGGGUGGACUUAAGCUUGUCAACUUCUUCGCCGUGAAGUUAUAAGCGGGCAUAAAACACACACGAACAAAAGGGAACGCAGAUUGCAAUAGGCAAUAGGGAACGGCUUGGAGCUAUUCAACGCCGAUCACCUCCAUCUUGAAUUAGACACAAAUAGACAAUAGACAAUUUUUGAGUGCUUCUCGUACGUCUCGUCUUCAAGCGCGCCCUAUCAUACGACCGCUUGGUUCUUACAUUACACCCAGGGUACUUCAUGAUGAGGCGACGGCAUUGCAAUGCAAAGAGGUCGUUACUGUCGG